AUGCAUCUUAUUCAAAUACUGUUAGUAUUGGUAAUAUUCUCGUUUGGAAUCUUAUAUGAAGUUGAAGGUAAUCAAUGGGUAAAUACGUUGAAACGUUCAGUACGCAACAAGUGUUUCUGUGCCAAAAGUGAAUGUUGUUCAAAAUGGGGUUAUUGUGGUAAAACAGAUGAAUACUGUGGUGUCGGCUGUCAAUCUGGUCCUUGUAAACUCUCACCGACACAGCCUGCUAAGCUGUCAACUAGUUUUACAUUGACAGCCGAUACAUUUGCAUGUGUUUUCCCGAAAAUUGACGCUGAAUUACGUGCACGUCGUUUUCAAGGUUUACACGAAGCCAUGGAAUUAAUGAAAUGGAAGCCAGCAAGUAGUACGGAAGCAGCUGUGUUUCUUUCUCAUGUUUCACAUGAAACAGACGGUUUGAAAACUUGUGAAGAAUACUGUUCUCAACGUGGCUCUUGUAAUAACUAUCAAUCAUCGUGGUGCGAAAUUCAAGCGCGUCCAAAUGUUAAAUAUUAUGGCCGAGGUUGGUUUCAGUUAUCCUAUCCAUGCAAUUAUCAUAAUGCAGGAAAAGCUCUUGGUAUCGAUCUAUUAAAAGAGCCCGGCUUAGUUAGUGAAUCGGAAAAGAUCGCUGCGGCGACGGCAAUUUGGUAUUACAAAGAAACUGGCAUGGAUAAAUUAGCGCAACGAGGUGAUUUUGGUGAGACGACACGAAAGAUCAAUGAAUACGAAUGUUCAGGAAAAGCUGGCCAUCAAAUGCAAGCGGCACGCGUACAAACAUAUCAUCAAGUGCGCAAAUGUUUCAAUCUACCUCCGGCAACGAACAGCAAUCUAAUUUGUUAG